UCGUAACGUAUUCGCACAGUUCGGGAAGGAAGAACAUGAGCUAAGUGCACGCUACAUCUUUGACGGGAUAGGCUAUUGCCCCGAUUCUGGGUUUGUUUUUCUCCUAGUAGCCUAAUAUAAUGCUAAGAAUAGAAGACAAUUCCUUGGAAUGAGAUGGAGAUGCACUUAUCGAAUGCAACCGGUAACAUUUGUUCGGAUUUAACACAAACUAGCCUAAUCGAAAUUUGAAAUAGGUGGCAUAUGGGUAGGCCUACUUUUGUCUUCUGAAAAGGGUAAGCUACAUUGUAAUUACGAGGAAAUGGCAACGAAAUACCAGCUUGAAAUACACUUGAGAAAAUGUGACAGUUUGACUGAAUAUAGCUUAUUCCAAAUAUCUAAACUUGUGCAUUUAAGAAAUUAUUGAAGACAUCGGUUGUCCUACCUUGACAUGAAGAGGAUUCACUUUUGAAUGAGAGAUCCACUUGUACCAGGAGAUAUGGCAUUCCAACCGUUUUUACCAAACACUGCUUCGGAUUUCACCCUCGACGCAAUGCUGGCCCGACAAUCUCCGUUUUUUCCUGCUAUUGCGUUAACUUCCCACGGGUCUCUUCACAUGCCUGUUGCGCAAAGGCAUCGCAUGCUGGAUCCGGUCAAUGCUGAAACGAUCCUCCGCAAAGCCUCGCUGGAACAGCGUAAUGCAACCCAGUCUGCCAAGCUCAGUCCUCCUAAAACGCUGGAGACGGAAGCCACGGAGGAUGAUCCAAAAGUUCACUUGGAGGCAAGGCACCUUUGGACACAAUUCCACAAAUCCGGCACUGAAAUGGUCAUAACAAAAUCAGGAAGGCGCAUGUUUCCACCGUUCAAAGCAAGAUGUACUGGCUUGCACCAAAGGGCAAAAUAUAUUUUGCUCGUGGACAUUGUUGCGGCCGACGACUUCAGGUACAAGUUUCACAACUCCCGUUGGAUGGUGUCAGGAAAGGCAGAUCCUGAAAUGCCAAAGAGGAUGUACAUACACCCAGACAGUCCCGCUUCUGGCGAGCAAUGGAUGUCAAAAGUGGUCAAUUUUCACAAAUUAAAAUUGACAAACAACAUCUCGGACAAGCAUGGGUUUACGAUUCUUAACUCAAUGCACAAAUACCAGCCCAGGUUUCACGUUGUGAGGGCCAAUGAUAUCCUCAAACUACCUUAUAGCACGUUCAGGACCUAUGUCUUUUCUGAGACAGAAUUCAUUGCUGUAACUGCAUAUCAAAACGAUAAGAUCACACAACUGAAAAUUGAUAACAAUCCUUUCGCCAAAGGAUUCCGUGACACUGGCAAUGGUAGAAGAGAAAAAAAGAAACAAUUGGGGAUAAAUAUACAAAAGUUCAGUGAAACCUCUGGUGACUCUUUGGAUGAGGCUCCACUGAAAAGCGCAGGAAAUGCAACGUCAAUCGAGGGCUGCCAAAGUGACAACGAAAGCGGUCAAGAAAGCAAACAUUGGAAUAAUGUUGGACAAGACUUGCGAAAAACCUCAACCACCACAGAGGAACUGACACCUGAGCCAAAUGUCACCACAUUCCACGACAAAGCGGACAGGGCUUCAACGGACUCACUUAGGACCGAAACAGACUCAGAGGAUCCAAAAGAGGACCAUAUAAACUCCAUAACUGGUGGUAUGACACGUUGCUUUGGAGCAGAGGAUCCGAGGGCAACAGAACACUUCCAGCCUUUAACCGUGGAAACGGACCAAAGUGCUCACAUCACAGGUUUAGGACGCAGCAGUUUUUCACACUGCUAUUCUUAUCCACCGGAUUGGACAAGAUAUAUUCUCAACCCCUUGGGUGUCGCUCACCGUCUCCUACACAAUGCCCAAGUCAACAUGCAGGGAGAAACUUUAUCCAGUGUAGCAGCAACAGCAAUGGGGCACAUGCUGAUGGCUGUGUCAUCUGGCGGAGUGUGCUCCAUGGGCACGGCUGGUAUCCCAGUAUCUUCUGUACAAAGAGUGUCAGGAACGUCAGGAUUACCCUUGAACUUUCAGCAGCAUGCUAUGGCAUCGCAGGGCCUCACGGUUUCUCCUUUUGGUGCUAUUUUCCCCUAUCCCUACUCCCAUUUGGCCGCAACGGCUGCUCUCUCCACCACAGCAUCAACCCCAGUGCAUCGCCGCUCAGUAACCCCAGUGCAUCGCCGCCCAGUGCGCCCUCCUACCCGGUUCAGGCCAUACUUAAUUUCCAAUAGAGUAGGCCUACCAGACAACUGUUCGACGCCCCCGACAUCUAUUCGCCUUAUGACGGAUAGAGACGUGAAUUGUCACACUAUUGCAAAUAGUCCGAUUGCUGCUCCAUUGCACUGUAUGCCUAUGUCAGAGGUAAACAGCGUUUCCUCGCUACAGAGUUCUGGUGCGUCAGCGGCAAAACGUGUAUCCAGCAAGGAUUGCAUGGAUCAGCUUCAAUGUAUACAACAGUUGGUCAGAGGUAUUGACUCCUAUCAAGACAGAGACUCAUAUUCCUAGGUCAUAAAUCUAACAAACUGAUUACAAUUUAGAUUUUUUUUUUCAUAGCCUGAUGAAUGAAGAUUGAGAUGUUUGCUAUCAUACCAAACGGCAUUUUAACAUUUCUAAUGCGGAAUGUAUGCAUAAUAGAUAACAUUGUUUGCGUCUGUGAAUUAUGGUUGCGCUUGUGUGUUGAUGAUACUGUCAUUUGUUCACUAAUGGCACUGAAGUUUAUUUGCAAUAAAUCCCUAAUGUUUUUAUAUAUCACUUAGCCAUGCAACGAACCGCUAUAAACCAAUGUAUUUUACAACCAAAGCACGUGUGUAGUUCAAAUAUGAUUUAUUUCGUGAUCUUGACAAAAUAGUUAAUAAGGACGUUUUGAUAAUUCGUUUUAAAUAACCAUUCUAUGGAGGAAUGUUUUGCUGACUUGUUUGUUAAACAUUGAAAAGUCAAUGGCGUUGCUUCGGUCAGUUAAUCAAUAUCAUUUGCAGUUUCAGUAAGACAACAUAACCAUUUCAUGUCGUGGUGUGUGUUUUGUCCUCUUUAAAAAAAAUAUAUAUAUUUUAUCUUUAAUCCCAGCGCCCGUCCCCGCAGGAGGCCUUUUGCCUUUUGGUAGGCGUCAUUGUAAAUACGAAUUUGUUCUUAUUAAAUGACUUGCCUAGUUAAAUAAAGGUCAAAUAAAAUAAAAAUGUAACUAUUUUUAUUUGCUGUAAUUAUGUGCAUGCGUUGUACAUCAACAUAAAUUGUCACAAUAUUUUUUGCCUAUCAUUUAUUACAACCCAUUAUAUGCCUACAAAGCUCUUUGUUAUAACAUGUUUGUUCAUUUGAAAACUGCUCUUGAAUGCGUGAUAUCAACGCAACAAAAUAAUGUUAAACGAAAUAAAAGUAUACUGUUUUAAUGAUUGAGGAGGUUCUU